AUGCGGGGAGGCCUUUUCCUCGCUGUACUGCUCUGCAGCUUCAUCCACGUGUUGGGUCUGAGAACGACUCCAGGUUCCCCGUGUGAGGAUCGCUGCAAGAAGCAAGGUCCGACCACGAACACUACCACUGCGGAGAUCUCGUGUCUGGAUACGCAGUACAACAGCACCUCGAAGGGCGAGGACUUCGAGGAUUGUACCACUUGUUUGUUGGAAAGCCAAUUCGCGAUCUUCUCUACCGGGGAAUCGGACGUAGAGUGGGGUCUCUACAAUCUACGAUUUGCAGCCUCAAGUUGCAUUUUCGGAGAACCGGCGUUCGCCUCGAAUGUUUCCUCGCCUUGCCCAGUGGCCUGUGAAGAUGUUCAAAAUGCCGUCGUUUACGACAUCAAUGAUCCGUCGGUGAGUAACUUGAACGACUGGUGCUCAGUAUCCUCGUUCGCGGACAAUGUCAUCAACGAAUGCGAGUUCUGCUACAAUCUCACCUACAAUCAAGUAUUCCUGGGAAACUUCCUCGAAUCGAUCCGGUACAACUGCCACUUCAGAGCCAGCACAGGCCACCCCUUCGACAUUGCCCCCUCUCGCAUCUUCAGAGAAGUCCUCCUCCCCUCCAGUCUUUCUCUCCCAUCCUCAACCCCCAGCCCGUCGCACGUCAACCUGGGCCUGGUAAUCGCGCUCCCGGUUCUCGCCUUUGUGAUCAUCCUUCUUGGCUGCACUACCUGCUGCUUCUUCUUCAUCCGGCACCGCCGCAGGCGCACCCGCGGCAACAGGUUCCAGCACCACAUGUACGCCGGCUGGAACGACCCCGUCAGCGCGCUACACCAAGGACCCGGCGAUUUUGACCACAAGGCAUACGCCGACUUCCGGUUCCAGAACCAGAUGCACGGCGGUGCCUUCAGCGGCUACGGCAGCCCCAUCAGCCCGGCCCAGCAGUACGGCCUUGGCGUAGCUGGCCCGUUUUCGCCCUACCAUGAUAACAAAGGUGAGCAGGGCCAUGAAAUGUAUGGCUACUAUACCCAGCCUACCAUGGCGCCUGUGCAGGAGACUAUCACCGAGACCAUCACGGAGACUGGGCCAGGGAGCGUCCCGAUUCCGGGGCCGCAUGCCGGGCCGGGCAAUCGAAUUGAUGAGUGA